AUGGACAAGGAUUUACUCUGUUUUAAUUGUAUUAGGCCUCAUACUUUUUUUUCUAAAACAUAUUAUUUGAAAGUGAUGUAAGAUGAAAUUUGGAUAUCAGCAGUAACCUUAUGAUUAAAAUAUUAAGUAUAACAAUUACGAGAAGCCAAAAUAUCGUAUAGAACUUAAAUUAACAACAUAGAUUUUGUGGAAAAUGGGAAAAGAAUCAUUAAAAGCAUUUGGAAUAGUUUAUCAAAAUAAUAUAAAAUAUUUUGAAGCAUAAUAAAUACAUCUUGAAAAAUUGAAGAAUACUUUAGGUGGUCGAGUGAUAUAUAGAAAUAUGGCAUCAUUUUAUGAGCCUAUUCAAUUGAUAGGAGAAGGAUUAUCAGCCAAAGUAAAUUAAUUAGUUAUUAUAGGUAUUUUAAAGUAUAGAUAAGAAGAGUAAAAAAGCAGUGGCUGUAAAAAUGAUAAAAUAAGAAUUUGGAAGAGAAGAACAAGUUUUGGUAUAUAAAUUAAUUUGAUUAUUAUUUAAGGACAUUGUCUAAACGGAAGUAUCUAUUUUAUAGUCACUUAACCAUUAGAAUAUUGUAAAGGUGAUUGAAGUUUAUGAAAAUGACUAAACAUUUUGGAUUGUUUAAGAAUUUGUAGCAGGAAUACCAUUAAGUGAUAUUUUAAAGUAAAAACUUGCCAGCAAUGAAAUUAAAUCAAUAAUGAUUGUAUGAUUGGAUAAAAUCGUAAUAGGGAUUAUUGAAUACAGUAAUGUAUUUACAAUCUUUAAAAAUUGUUCAUAGAGACAUAAAGCCAGAGAAUAUUAUCAUAUAAAAAGAUAAUUCUAUUAAAGUUAUAGAUUUUGGUUUUGCAGCAAAUCUAAAAUUUGGUACAGUUAGUAGUGUUUGUGGAACUCCUGGAUAUUAUGCUCCUGAAGUAUUGAGAUCAAAAGAAUCAAGUUAUAAUUCAGAUAUGUUUAGUGUUGGAGUUGUUUUAUUUAAUUUGUAUAGAAUUCUUAAUUUAUUCUUAGAAUAACCAAUCAACCUCUAUUAAAAUCUAAAAUGUAGAAUGUAUAACAAUUUGUACCUGAUUAAGAUGCAGCAGAUCUACUUAAAAAGAUGUUAGAAGUUGAUCCUACUAAAAGAAUUAAUGCUCAAUAAGCUCUAGAACACCCAUUUUUCAAAGAUAAAAUUAAAAAAACGAAUUAUGAUAAAUAAGAUAGUUAAUUUCCAUUAGAAAAUCACAUUUUACAAUAAUAAGAGUAGUUAAAUAUUUAAUCAUAUCUCCAUUAAAAAUGUAAUAUAAGUUUAGAUGCUAAGAUUAUCAAGUCUCUUAGAACUACAAAUCUUAUUGACUAAUGA